UCCAGUCUUACCUGGUGCCUUCACUGGCCUCCCUCCAGCCCCCACCAGCACAGCCUGGUGCUAGGCUCACCCUCCCAAGGCCCAGAAAGAGUAUACAGAGUUUGCCGUUUUUUCUUUUUUAUUAUUGCAUUCCUGUCCCAGGGGCCACCUGCUCACCUUAGAAGUCUUUAGCAUUAGAAGUUUCAGGGGAUAGGGCAGGCACAGUGACUCAUGCCGGUAAUCCCAGUACUUUGGAAGGACGAGGCAGGAAGAUCGCUUGAGACCAGGAGUUUGAAAUCAGCCUGGGCAACAUAGCAAGAUCCCUAUCUCUACAAAAAAAAAUUUUUUUUAAUUAGCCAGGUGUGAUGGUGCAUGCCUAUAAUGCCAGCUACUUGGAAGGCUGAGGUGGGAGGAUCACUUGAGCCCAGGAGUUGGAGGCUACAGCGAGCUAUCAUCCUGCCUGUAGUCCCAGCUACUCGGGAGGCUGAGUCAGGAGAAUCACUUGAACCCAGGAGGCGGAGGUUGCAGUAAGUUGAGAUCGCACCACUGCACUCCAGCAUGGGUGACAGAGCGAGACUCCAUCUCAAAAAAAAACCCCAAAAAACAAAAAACCCUACAGUGUCAGGGGCUGCCUGGAAGGUGACACCCUUAGGUGAGGGUGGCAGAGAAGGCUCAGGCUCAUGGCUUCCGGGCUCUCUGGCUUCUCCCUGUGGUCCAAAUUUUAUCAUGUAAUGGGCAGCCUCAGGUGACCCCCAAGAAGAGGUGCCAAGGCACCCCCUGACCUGCCUCAUCCAGGAACAGAAAAAGGCAAAAGGGAUGAAUUUUGCUAAAAUGAUGCCGAAGCCAGAGGGAAAGGAGUGGGACUGACCUGAGGCAGGAUCACUCCUCCAGAUCGGCUCUGUGGUUGCCUUCCCUUUUAAAUGCGCGUUUUCCCUUCACCCAUCUGUUCACUCCGAUUGGCCUUGUUUAAACAGCGCUUGUCUCCUCUUUCUGUCUGGGGGCACCUUUCUCUCUUCCUGCCUCUCUGUUUCUGUUUGCUUCUGUCAUUGUUUCUGUCUUUCUGUCUCUCUUUCUCCUUCUCUUCCCAUUUCUAUCUCUGCCCGACUUUUUCUGUUCGCCCGUCUGUCUCUUUGUCUGUCUGCCUCCUGUCUCUUUCUCUCUUCCUCUCCAUCUCUCUCCCACGGCAUGGGCCUCUCUCCCAUGCUGCCAGCCCCUCUGUAGCCCACCCUGUGGUUCUCUUCCAUCAGCUGCUUCCUGCAUGCUCUGUGGAGGUUUUCUGUUGUUUGAACAGUAAAGAAAGCUUGGCUAGUGGAACCCAUUGUUUAAAAAGGAGAAAAAAAAAAAAGAGCAAACAGAAAUGGCCGGGCAAGAGCCCCCUCCCAUCCCUGGGAUGAGACAAAAGCCACAUUGGCCACCCAUCUACUGGCUCAGAGGGGGAGCACAGUUUAGGGUCACUGUCUUUCCCCCAUUCUGCAUUCCCAAUGCGGAGACCUUCUUUUCUUUUUUAUUAUUGCAUUCCUGUCCCUGACCACUGAGAAGGAGGAAGUGCCACUUUAUUGGUAAGUGGACGUUAACCAAGAGGGACUUAAAAAUCAGAACUUAAAAAAAAAAGAAAAAGAAAAGGAAAAGAGAGAAACAGAAAGACAGUCGGGUGCUACUGACAGCUCCAAAGCUCUCUGCAGGGCCGGAAAACAAAGAAAAAUAUUAACAGAAAAAUGUCAGGUUCCCCAGGAUCAGAUAUUGUUUUUGAUUUUUGGUAUCUAAUGACAUUUGUGGAUUUUGUUUUUUUAUUUCUGUUUUUCCUCCCUUUCUUCGGUUCAGUUUUGAGUUCAGUUGUCCCCCUCGCCCCCUCCCCCAUCUGUGUGCCGUGUGACGCCCCCAACCCCUCCAUCCCUUCGCCCACCCCCAAGCGCUGGGGGUCCGGCCUGGUGGGCUGGCCCUGGCCCCGCUCCCGGUGCCGCUCUCUCUUCUCUCUGCCGGGAAUCGUCCGUCCCAUCGGGGGGCAAUGCCAGCCCCGAUGCCUGUCCUGGAGCCCCUCCCCCCCACCGCUCUGUCCCUCUUGUGUUUUGCAUGCCAAGAACCCUGCAUGAGCUGCACUGUUGAGGCCAGAAGGUGGACACCCAGGAGAGGCAGAGGCAGGGCAGGCGCGGGGAACCGUGUGUGCGAUGCUCCGGGACUGGCAGCCCCCGGCUCGGGCCGGUGAAAGCCCUCUCUCCUUCUCUCCCCCCACCCCACCCGCCCGCUCUCUCACCCCAACUUCUCGAUCCUCUUGCUCUGUCCUCUCUCUGCCCCAACUCUUGUCCCCUGCCUGUCUGGAUUUUUUCUGUUUCUCGAACUUCUCCCUGGCUUCCAUCCUUCUCUCUCUUGGCUCUGUCUUUCUCCCUCUCUCUCUCUUCUCUUCCCCCCCCCCGUCUCUCCUCUGUCUCUUCUUCCCACUGUCUCUGUCCCCUUCUCUCUUCCCCCUUUUUCCUUCUCUUCCCUCUCUCCUUUCUUACUCUCUCCUCUCUCUCCCUCGCUCUUUCGCCCUCUCUCUUUCUCAUCUCUCUGCCUCUCACUGUCUCUCUCCUGCUCUUUUUCUCUCUUCCUCUUUUUCUUCUCUGCCUCCUCCCUCUCUCCCUCUUUCUUCUCUCUGUCUCUCCUCUCUCCCUCUCUCCUGUCUCUCUUCAUUCUCUCUCUCCGUCUCUUUCUUUUUCUGUCUCUCGCUCUCUGUGUCUCUCUGUCUCUUUCUCUCUCUCCUCUCUUUCUCUGUCUCUCCCUUCUCUUCCCUCUUUCUCUCUGUCUCUCUCUGUCUCUUUCUCUCUUUCUCUCUCCUCUCUCUCUGUCUCUCUCGUCUCCCUCUCCCCCCUCCGUGCCCUGUCUACCUCUCUCCCCGUCAGAAGCCCAGCUCGCCCUCGCCCAGGGCCCGUGACAAGGCGGCGGCCGCCGCACCCACGCCGCCCGCGCGGGGGAAGGAGAGCCCGAGCCCGCGCUCGGCGCCGUCGUCCCAAGGUCGCGGAGGCCGCGCGGCGGGCGGGGCGGGCAGGCGGCGGCGGCGGCGGCGUAGGCGGCGGCGCUCGCGGUCCUCGGCGUCCGCGCCCCGCCGCAGGGGUCGCCGGCGCCCCCGGCCCGCGCCCCCCCGGGGCUCGUCGCGCUCGCUCAGCAGGGCCCGCUCCAGCAGCGACUCCGGCAGCGGCGGCGGCGCCCCCGGCCCCGGGCCCGAGCCCGGCUCUGAGCGAGGCCACGGCGGACACGGGAAACGGGCCAAGGAGCGGCCCCCGCGCGCGCGGCCCGCCAGCACCUCUCCGUCCCCGGGCGCGCACGGCCGGCGCGGCGGCCCGGAAGGGAAGAGCUCGUCGCGCAGCCCCGGCCCGCACCCCCGCUCCUGGAGCUCCAGCCGCUCGCCCUCUAAAUCGCGCUCGCGCUCCGCAGAGAAGCGGCCCCGCAGCCCCAGCCGCUCGCCGUCGCCCAAGAAGCCCCUCAGCCGGGACAAGGACGGCGAGAGCCGCACAAGGCACUCUGAGGCCGAGGCCGCCCGCGCCCGGCGCCGCUCCCGCAGCUACUCGCCCAUCCGCAAGCGGCGCCGGGACUCGCCAAGCUUCAUGGAGCCGCGGCGCAUCACCAGCGCCCGCAAGCGUCCUAUUCCAUACUACCGGCCCAGCCCCUCUUCCUCCUCCAGCUGCUUGAGCAGCGACUACUCGACCCGGAGCCACAGCCGCAGCCCCAGCCCCGGCCACAGCCACGGGAGCUACAGCAGUCGCAGUCAUGGGACCCGCAGCCAGACACGCAGCCCCUCGAGGACCCCCAGUCCCAGCUACCACAGCCGGAGCAGCUCUGAGAGCGGGGGCUUCUGAGCCCAGACAGACUCAGCUUGGUGCCCCCUUGGCACUGGGAGAGGCGAGGAGCGGGCCCCAGGACCCUGGCGGGGAGGGGGCUGUACCCCCUUGCCCCCAAGGCUACAAAGAGGUCUCAGGGCCAAUGCACGGGCAGAUGUGACCGGGGAAGACUGAGGGUGGGCACCCGGUGGACAAGGAGAAGCCAGAUGUGCUGCUUCUAAGGGUGUCCUCUCCCACCUCCUGUCCACCCACUGCGCCCGGGGAACAAACAGCCGUUACGAACACAGGGAUCUCCCCACCCCCCUUCCUGCUGAUGCCAACUCACCAGGCUUGGGACUGCUGCCGGUGGAUGGUACCAGAGUCCACGAUCUGCUGUGUCACUUCACCUUAGCUCAGUGCAGCCAGGGACACCUUGCAAGGUGCCAGCCCUGGGAGCCCCUCUUCCCCACUGCACAGUUCCCUCCACUCCUCUCUUAUCACUGGGCAGAUGAGGAUGUGGUACAGCACGCAGGAUCGGACCUAGACAGAAAGAAGAACAGCCUAACCCUUGGUGCACCCCCAUCCAAGCUGGGGAGCUGCAUCCUUUUGAGCUGGCUGCAGGAGGACCCUGGCUGAGGGCUGGUGGCUGGCCCCACAGCCUCCCCUAAGCUCCUCCACUGACCCAGGAGUGCCCAGACGGGUGGCCCCCAAAAUCCCAACCUGGGGAGCUAGACACCUCACUCUUGGUCUGACCUCUCCAGGCCAGGCUGUCCUCACCCCAUGCCCUGGGCCAACGUCCUACCAGCCAGGACUUCUGCAUGACAAGAGGUGGUGGAUACAGACCUCAGGUACAUUUGACUCUGAGGUCAAAAGGGGUUCAGGUCAAGAGGUGGGAGAGGAAAGGGGUAGAUGGGAGGUGGAAUCUGUAGGAAAGAGAAAAAGCAAAGUUGUUCACUGACUGAGCAGCCCCCCGGGGAGUAGAGACGGGUCCCCAGGGAGGGAGCAGGUGACAGGUCAGCAGUGCCCCCAGCCCCACCCAAGAGGAGGGCAACAUGUGCCUGUGGUCUGGGACCUGGGCUAGAUGGCAGCCCAGGGUCACAGGCAUAGGAUAACAUGUGCUUUGGACCUGCCAAGGGAGUACCUUGGGGGUCUGAUGGGGUUGUGGCCAGCCGAGCCUCUGCAGACGGAGGCUACAGCCCUCAGAACGGGGGGGAAGGAAAGAGACUGAGGGCCCUGGCCUGGGGCAUCGAUGGGGAAAUGGUGGCCCCCAGUCCUCUUCUGCUGCUCCCAGCCCCCUCCUCCUGGGGCCCUCAGGGAUCUCACGAAGUCUUCCUUGGCCCAACCAGGCAGAUGCCCCGGGCUCCAGUGGGGGGAGGGGUCUGGGGUCUGGUCCGGGUUCCCCGCUUUCUCUAUGUCCCCCCUCCCUCUUUCUCCGCGGUGCGGAUAAAAAUUGGACACGAAUAAAACCCUUGGUGCCCGGA